AUGGCUUCACAGAAGAUCACCUCCGCCCUCGCGGAGAUUCAAUCGUCCGCGAAUCCCCAAAACAAGCUACAGCUUUACAACGACCUUCUGUCCGACGUUGCCUCAACAUCAUCUGGAGACCAGCUGUCUCAAGAUCUGACUUUUUAUCUCGACUCCAUCCUCAGUGAAGACAUCAGCAUCGUCGCCGCCCGCCCACUCCUCGACUCAUUCAUUGACGUUCUCCGGAAACUGAACCCCGAAACCCAGAUCAAAGUAGGCCAACACGCUAUUACACUCCUCCAGUCUCGCUCCACAUCAGUCGAAGAACAAGAUGCCCAGAUUCGCGAACUCCUCGCAGACGCAUACGAGUCCGAAGAAGAAUACAUUGCAGCAGCACGGACACUACAAGGGAUUCACAUCGACAGCUCACAACGCCUGGUAUCCGACGCAGCAAAGGUGCGACUCUGGAUCCGAAUCGUGCGGCUCUACCUAGAGGAAGACGAUACAACUAGUGCAGAGGCGGUCUUGAACCGAAUUAAGAACCUGCCCAGCAAGAUCGAAGAUCACGAGCUGCAGCUGCAUUUCAAGCUCUCCCAGGCCCGCAUCCUAGACGCUCGGAGGAAAUUCCUCGAUGCCAGCCAGGAAUACUUCAAUGUGAGUCUCGCGGCCGGUGUCGACGAGAGCGAUCGUCUGCAGGCUUUGGCUGCUGCCAUCCGCUGUGCGGUCCUGGGCCCGGCUGGUCCGCAGCGCUCCCGGAUUCUGGCCACGUUGUACAAGGAUGAUCGGGCGACGUCUGUGGAGGAGUUUGGUAUUCUGGAGAAGAUGUUCUUGGAUCGACUAUUGACGCCCGCUGAAGUCACAGCUUUUUCGCAGAGGUUAGCCCCUCACCAGCUUGCACAGACGGCGGACGGGACUACUGUUCUCGAUAAGGCGGUGGUUGAACAUAACCUCGUCGCGGCGAGUAAAUUGUAUGAGAAUAUUACUACGGAUGCGCUGGGCGCUAUUCUGGGACUCGAGGCAAGUGGGGAUCUGACGGCGGGUGAAAAGGCCGAGGCCUAUGCGGCGCGGAUGGUCGAACAAGGCCGGUUGAGCGGCAGCAUUGAUCAGAUCGAUGGGAUCAUCUACUUUGAAUCGAGCACAGCUGGUACCGGGCGGCAUAUUAGGCAAUGGGAUGCUGGGGUCCAAGGACUCGCGGAGGAUGUGGAAAGAGUAGCGACCAGUAUCACGGACGCAUUCCCGGUAUGUACAGACACCAUCGCCUCUACUGUAUAG